AUGCCAAGAAGGAUGAUCCUAAGGAUUUGCUGUCCAGUUUGAACUUAGAUUUUAGCGACGAUGAGAGCCGUCCAGCAGCUUCAGACGGAGAUAACAGCUCUGGAAGCCAAAACAGUGGUAGCGGAAGUGAGACAGAUGAUAGAAGGCAGAAAAAACAUAAAUCCAAGAAUAGUUCACAUGACAAGCCGCAACGAAUGUCUGCCAAAGCAGCGAUGGAGCAGAUGCAAGUCAUACAAAGCGAAUCACAACGCAUGGCCCGAGAAGCGGCUAUUUCAGUCCCCUAUCACCGUCCUAAGCAGCAUACGCUUCAAGAAUUCCUAAGCCGUAGAACAAUACUAAAACCAGUGGUGAGCAAAACAUCCGCAGCAAAUGUGUCAAUGGGACGUAGAAAAGCUGCCGCGGCCAUAAAAAUGACCCCAGAACAGUUGGCAGCCUAUGCAAAACAACUGGAAGAACGUGAGAAGGAAGCAUUGGAGUUCUUCAAAAGCGAAAGCGAUGAAGAUACGAACGAACAAGAGAAACCCGAAAAGGGCGAACAACCUGAUGUCGAAAUGAAACCCGCAGAAGAAGGAACACCCAUUGACAAAGCGAUGGUACCUGCCAGCUCUGAAGGAAACAAGCAUGAUACAAAUGAUCCCGUUUCAACCGAAGGUGAUGUGAUUGUGAAUGCAUCAAAUGGUGAUGAACCAGCUUCGGUGGCAAUCGCGCCAAUGGAUACUGAACUAGUCGAAAGCCUUCGAGUAUCAGAUACGGAGGACGACGCUUUGGACGCUCUCGUCAAUAAAACAAGCGAAAACGUGGAAUCGCUUUUGGCUUCUCAAGUGGAGCCUGAAAACAUACAAGCACCGGCAGACAAUGAACCUGUUGCUGGACCAAGCAAUCAAAAGCCGGUAAUUGAUUACGACCCGUUCCCGGAACCAACGCCUUCUAAACUGGCACAGAUAAAGGCAGAACUUUUGAUGGAAGGUUCGUUCAAGGCAUGUCCAGCACUUACAGGCGAUCCGGACAUGAUGAUUGAUUUGGACACGGGAGACGUCUUGCCAAAAACGCCUUCAGGACCUGAAUUGCUUCUUCAACGCUUUGUGAAAUGCAGUGGGAAAAAGGCACACAAAGCUACCAGUGUGGACAUUCUCAGCACCGACAAAGGAGUGGUGGAAAUGAAUACGGUAAAGCUGGAUCUGGAGCAAGAAGAGCGCGAUCCAAAUGGAAAAAGAGCCAGUUCCGGGUGCAGCUUACAUGAAACUUAA